AUGUAAGAUUUAAAAUAAAGAAAUGUACUUAAUCAAAAUAAUUAAUAAACUACAUCAUCUUAACAAAAAAAUCAACUAUAUUCUUCUACAUAUCCUCAUGAUCAUCCAUUAGCUAAAUUUCGUUAAUGUGUUUCAACUGAUUUUCUUGGUGGACCAAAAAUAUUUUAAUUGAAUCAUAUAAUAAAUACUUUCAAAGGUUCUACUGGUAUAUUUUUAAUAUUGUUGAUGUGUUAUUAUAAUAAUUUUUCUUUAAGUGCAUAUUUAAUAUUUAUUCUUCAUGGCUCAUAUGGUUUUAUAUGGAUUGCAAAAGAUUUAUUAUUCCCUGAUAAAUCAUGGCAAGUAAAACAAACUAUUUUUAGCUCUUUAGUUGCUUGUGCCAUCCUUUUGUCUUAUUGGUCAAUAGGUUGGUUCAUAAUAAGUAGAAGAGCAAUAACUAAUCCUUCAUUAGAAAGAAUAGCAGUUAGUUGUUUUUGUUAUAUAUUUGGAGUAACGUUAAUGGUAGUAUCUGAUGUUUAAAAAUUUAUAACUUUGAAAUAUAAAUAAGGUUUAAUUACAGAUGGAUUAUUUUCAAGAUGUAGAAAUCCUAAUUAUUUAGGAGAAAUUAUUCUUUAUGGAGGAUUUGCUAUUGUUGGAGGAGCUUGGGAAAAUUAUGCUUUAUUGCUAUUUAUUUGGACAACUUUAUUUAAUCUGAAUAUUUAUUUAAAAGAGCUUUCUUUUAGUAAAAAAGAAGGAUGGGAGUAAUAUAAGAAUAAAAGUUAUUUACUUUUAUUUAAAUUCUUUGAUGAAGAUAUUCAUAAUUAUUUGUUUUAUGGUGGUUUGGCUGCUUUUAUAACAAUUAAUUAUAGUUAUGGAGGACUUAUUAAUGUAUUAAAAUAAUAAUGAAUUAUUUUUAAUUAAUAUUUUUUAUUUUAUUUAGACUUUUUUUUAUAUUAAUUUCAGAAAAUAAGAUAUUAAUAAAUAUUAAAUUUUAUUUG